UUAUUUGCCGCAAGGUUCCUAUAGCCAGGGCGCUGCUACUGUCAUGAUCAAAUCGAAGUUAGCCAAUCUCAACAUGGCGCUCGUAAUUGUCUAGUAUUGUAAAGGCUUCGUGGUGUGUUACUUGUGAAAUUUUUUAAGCUUUGUGCAUUUUAAUAUGUUCUGAUAAUGUACAUAAUAAUAUCCUUUAUUUAUAUUAUUAAAAGUAAGGCAACGACUUUAGUAACAAUUAAAAAUACGUAACUAAAAUUCACAUGCCACGAAGUCCACUGAGAAUUAUAAUUUAGUAUAUCAUAAAAAUUCAAGUUUUAUACAUAAGAACGGCUUGUGAAACAGUUACGAGGCUUGGCAAUUGUUAAUUACAAUACAACUUUGUUUUUUUUUGUUAUCUUCAUUGAAUUAGUUAUUCAAAUUUAUGCGGAAGAAAUACUUUGUUUAUUAAUAAGUAGUAAGUAAUUAGUUUGAUCAAUCUACUUAACAAAGAAAAGUAUUAUAAAAAAAAAUUAUUACUGAGAAUAUAUAAAUAAUUGGUAAACGCAAUGGCUGAGACAAUGCGAAUGCGAGUUUAUGGAAAACAUCCAACUUGUGCAAGCUUAACAAGACUCGAAGAACGUAGGAGCCGUAGACUUGCAUUACGGUUAGAUAGAAAUCGUAAGCCAGAUAAGCCUGAAGACUUUGUUUGCUAUGAAUCAAGUGAUGAUGAAGAAGAAACUGUUAUGGAAGGUCGUCAGUAUUUAAAAACAUCAUUUAAUUUUGUAGAUUAUGUUCGUGCACGGGAAACAAAUACUAAAGAAGUUAGAAAAAUUAAUCAAGAAUAUGGUUCAAGACAUAUAUUGACUCAUGAUUUAUUUAAAGAAUAUCCUAUCACUUUAACUAAUAUGAACAAGGUAUUUUGUUCACAGUGGUUGAGUGAUAGACAAGUAGUUUUUGGUACCAAAUGUAAUAAACUUAUGGUUUAUGAUGUAGCUACACAAAAAUUAGAUCAAAUACCGUCGUUAUACGGUCGUAAUGCAAGUACGAAUAAUGCCGCAACUGUUGAACAACAGUCUGGUAUACAUUCUGUUCAAAUUAAUCCAUCGAGAACAUUAUUAAGUACUGGAGGUAGAAAUUGCAAUGAAAUAGCCAUUUAUCGAUUGCCAACCUUAGAUCCUGUAUGUGUUGGAGAAAAUGGCCACAGAGAUUGGGUGUUCGAUAUGUGUUGGCUCGACGACGAAUUUUUAGUAUCAGGUUCGAGAGACACUAAAAUGACAUUAUGGCAUAUAAAUAACGAACUUGCGACUGCUUCGGACAAAGCAGAUGUCCCAAAGCCUGAAUCAAUUCAACCAGUUUGCGUAAAAGAAUGUCGAUCAGCGCAGAAAGUUCGUGCAUUGGUGUUCAAUAAAGCUAUUAAUGAAAUUGCUGCAUUAUCUUUAAAUUGUUACAUACAUAUUUGGUCUGCUGAAACGUUCAAACAAAAAAUAUCAAGAAAGCUUCCAGCAUGCCAAGAAAAUGUUUGUUUAGCUGUUCAAGAUGGUGGUGUGUAUGCAGUCGGAUGUCGCUCAUAUACUCUUUUAUUGGAUGCACGAACACUUCAACCAAUUAAAAAAAUUCCAUCUAGGUAUACUGGUUGCGGAAUACGGUCUGCUAGUUUUCAAGGGUCUGUGCUUACAAUUGGUACAGGAUUAGGAAUGUUAAUGUUUUAUGAUGUCAGAGCUCAAAAGUAUUUAGAAUCGUCAAUAAAUUCUAAUCGAACUGUAGUUUUGAAGGCUUCUAAAGGAUACGUUUUUCCAGAUGAAGAAUUCAUGGACGGUGUUCAAAAUGUAAAAUAUACACCAGCAAUAUAUACACACUGCUACGAUGCAUCCGGUACUCGUCUAUUCACAGCUGGUGGACCACUUCCAGCAAAUUUUUAUGGGAAUUAUGCUGGAUUAUGGCAAUAAUUCAUAAUUGUCGAAUCAAUUUUAUCUUAAAUUGAUGUAAAUUAAUUUAUAGGAGUUCCAGUGAUGAAAAUAGAUUUAUUUAAUAUUAUGAAAAUUCAAUCUU